CAACUUACAAAUGGAGAUAGAGGCUUUGAGAAUGUGGAGCUGGGUGUCAUAGGAAAGAAGAAGAAAAUUCCAAGGAGGGUUAUUCACUUUGCAAGUGGAGAAACAAUGGAAGAAUAUAGCACAGAUGAAGAGGAAGAUGAACAAGAGAAAAAAGACCUAUUGCCACCUGUAGAUCCUACAACGCUCACGUGGGGACCGUACUUGUGGUUUCACAUGCUGCGAGUUGCCACAUCGACCUUAUCAGUGUGUGAUUUCCUUGGGGAAAAGAUUGCAUCUGUUCUGGGGAUAAGCACACCAAAAUACCAAUAUGCCAUUGAUGAGUAUUACCGAAUGAAGAGGGAGGAGGAAGAGGAGGAACAGGAAAACAAGAUGUCAGAAGAAGCAGAAAGACGGCACCAGGAACAGCAGAACAAGCCACAGGCUGAAGUUCCUGUCCAGACAGACCAGCCUGAAGCAACAGCAUGCACUUCAUUCGUGAAUGUAAACUUUGAACAUGAGGGAGAUUGCCAGUCCAUUGGGGAGAGUAAACAGGAUGUAGUUCCUGUCCCUCCUUAAGUGUAAAGUCCUGUAUGAUGUAGGAAGUAGGAAGUGUCAGAUGUCACACUCUGGCUAUAAGAAGCAGGAAAAAUAGGAUUAUGCUUGUUCAGUGAAAUGCAACUUCUAGCAUUCUUAUUGAUCAGGAGAGAGCUCGGCGAUGUCUGUUCAGUCUGUCUGCCUAAGAAAGGCUGA